AGAAGGCAGUGUAUGUUUGUUUAUAAAUGAGUCAUGAACAAAACUGCUUGCAUUCAACCUAGUCCUGCAUUCUAGAUGAUAAUAGCACGGCCAUCAUCCAUUCGGACCAGGACUAAUAAUCCAGCUGCCCAGUUCAAAUCCAACCAUGUAGGAAGGAACUGCAGUUGCUGGUUCAUACCGAAGACACAAAAUGCUGGAGUGACCCAGUGGGUCAGACAGCAUCUCUGGAGAGAAAGAAUAGGUGAUGUUUUGAGUUUAAAGAAGCAUUCAGGCAUGAAACGUCACCCAUUUUCUCCAACGUUGCCGCCAGACCCUCUGAUUUACUCCAGCAUUUAGUGUCUAUCUUAAAAUCCAACUGGCAGCUGUGGAAUUAAAAUUCAAUUAAUAACAGUGUUUAUCUUUUUGAGAAAAGAACUGGAAUUAGUAUUGACAAUAUGAAUUUACCAAGUUGUUGUAAAAAUCCUGCCUAACCCACUGAGUUACUCCAGCACCAUGCGUCUCUCCUAACAACUAGUACUCUCAAUCCUGGCAGCAAACUGGUAAACCUCUGUACCAUCCCCAAAGCCUCCAUUCUUCUUGUAGUGGGGUGACCAGAGAAGCAGAAAUUAUUCCAAAUUUGCUCUGACUAAUGUUCUAUAUAACUGCAGAGGAAUGAGCAGACCCAAGGACAUCAGUUAUCUUAAGAAUAGCUCAUGUUCAGUAUAACUAGUUUAAUUUAGUGUUGUUUAUUAUCAUGUGUAGCGAAGUACAGUGAAAAACUUUUGUUGCGUGCUAACCAGUCAGUGGAAAGACUACAUGAUUACAAUCGAGCCAUCCAAUGUAGAUACAUGAUAAAGGGAAUAACAUUUAGUGAAAGAUAAAAUCCAAGAAAGUAUGAUUAAAGAUAUUCUGAGGGUCUCCCAUUAAGUAGAUAGUAGCUCAGCACCGCUCUCUAGUUGUUGAUAGGAUGGUUUGGUAACCUGAUAACAGCUGGGAAGAAACUGUCCCUGAAUCUGGAUGCCUUUUCAUACUUCUGUAUUUCUUACUUGAUGGGAGGGGAGAAGAGGGAAUGACCUGGGUGAGACUGGUCCUUGAUUAUGAUGGUGGCCUUGCCGAGGCAGGGAGAAGUUAAAUGGAGCAAAUGGAUGGGAGGUUAGUUUGUGUGAUGGUCUGGGUUGUUCCACAAUUCUCUGCGAUUUCUUGCAGUCUUGGAUGGUGCUGUUCCCAAACCAUGAUGUGAUGCAUCCUGAUACGUACAGCUAAUGCACUGCUAACUUAGUGGGAUCAAAGAGACUUAUCACUGUUAUGGGCCAAGAGAGAGUUAGAUUUAGUUCUUAGGGCUAAGUGAAUCAAGGGAUAUGGGGAAAAUAUCAGAACGGGGUACUGAUUUUGGAUGAUCAGCCAAGAUCAUAUUGAAUGGCGGUGCUGGUUCAAAGAGCCGAAUGGCCUCCUCGUGUACCUAUUUUCUAUGUUUCUAUGGUUCCAAUAUUCCGCUCAAGAAGGCGACCUGUAUUGCGAAUUCCGCACGGAACACGAAGACCUCGAUGUCACAAUCUGCUGCCAUCGCAACCUGAAACAAAUCAAAAUUGUGCUGACAACGCCCAACAGGAAACGUCUGCCACGUGUCAAAGCUGCGGUGAUCCCAACCCAGCUACCGCGAGCGACGGCAGACGAUCUCGUCCCUGGCACUUUAAACAGGGAGAGCUCAGGAGCGUGAAAAUAUCCCGCUUGUGAAUGGCCGCUCUGCGGUGAACCCCAGCUGAAGGAACUAAUGUUCAAAAAAAAUGUGUGAAUGCCAGGGCAAGUUUGAUGAUGUCCACGCCAAGCUUCACGAUGCUAUAAUGAGAGGUGACCAGGGGAACAUCACAGCCCUGCUUAAGGUGCAUCCUGUCAAUGAGCCCAUAACCAUCUGGAAAAACUGCGCCAUGGUGCCCAUGUAUGAAAAUCAGGGGUUGUCUAUUCUCCCGAUCCAUUUGGCCGCAACGUAUCGAAAGGCAAGGAGCCUGGAGUGCUUAAUUCAACACAAGGCUGAUCUGGAGGCAGAGGAUGGCAAGGGUCGCAGGGCGCUGCACCUCGUCCUCAUGCACUGGCCCAACACUGCCCGCGACCGGCUGGUACCCAAGACCAAGUUUGAGAAGGCGAUGGCAGCCAUGCAGGGCCGUGCCGAGGCUUGCAUGCGGUUGCUGUGCCGGCACGGCGUGGAGGUGAACGUCAAGGCCGGCGUCGAUAGCCGGGACGGCCCGCUGCACCUGGCGGUGCGGCACGGGGCAUGGCCGGCGGUGGCGUUGCUGGCCCGGCACGGAGCCGAGCUGGAGGCCGCCGACCAACACGGCUUGACGCCGCUGCACAUGGCCAGCGGGCUGCUGGACCGGCAGCUGACUGAGGAGCUGCUGGGCCGGGGGGCGCGGGUGGACGCCCGCGUACCGGGCAGCGGCUGUACACCGCUCCAGCUGGCGGUGGGAGCCGCCUCGGGCAAAGCCGGUCGAUACCUGGGAGCCGGACUGGACUGCGUGAGGGCCUUGCUGGCGGCUGGAGCGUCGGUGGACGCCCGGGACUGGCGAGGCCGGUCGGCGGCCCAUGAGGCCUGCUUUGGCGGGCGGGAGGAGGUGGUCGACCUACUGCUGGAUCACGGAGCCGACCUGAGCCUCUGCACCGAACAGGGAGAGUCACCCCUCGCCCUCUUCCUGGAGCGCCGGCCCAACCUGCGUUGCCGCCGGCUGCUGGCCAAGGUGCUCAGCCUCUCCUGCCCUCCCCGCAUCCACGGAGCAGGCGGCGGCUUGCCCAGCGGCCUGCUCGGCCCUGAGUCGCGCCGCCACCGAGAGUUCCUGCAGGCCCUGUGCCGGCAGCCGCCUGCUCUCCGCAACCUGUGCCGUGCGGCGGUGCGCCGGGCCCAUGGGCGGCACCAGGCCCAGCAGCUUCUGCCCACCCCCGUCUGGCGUUUCGUCUACGGGCACCAGGGCUAUGCCGAGGAACUGGAGGAAGUGGCUGGAGGGCCGGACGAGCGGCAGGAACCAGAGGCCCAGGACCGACUGGACCAUAGGAUCGGCGGCCUGCACCUCUGAACUACCCUCACUCCUCACCCCAGUGAAAGCUCAGCUUCCCGCCCCAUUAACUGGCAAGAACAUUUAAAAUUUUCAGUCCUCCCCACCUCCCCUCUUUUUCAAGACAAUCUUAGGCUGUGAGACUUUCCACCCAACAAUCUGAAAGGGGCAAUACAGGUAACAGGGACUGAAUGAAGACAUACGAGCAGAAUUAGCCUAUUCGGCCCAUCAGGUGUGCUCCACAAUCCGAUCAUGGCCCAUCUAUUUUUUUCUCUCUCAACCCCAUUCUCAGGCCUUCUCCCGUAACCCUUGACUAGAACCUAUCAAUCUCCAACAGCAGAGACAAACUGCUUUUGUUCCGUGCCUGCUAAAUCUAAAAAUCAAAUAGGUUUUAAGUUGCAAAUCUGGAGGAAUGGGCGAGGGAAUUUCAGUGGUAUUUGGGCCAGCUGGUGGUGGUGGUGAAAGCAAAAGCUGUAUUCGGGAUCUUUUCUGCUUAUAUACAAGAUUUCUCUGUACCUAACAUUAAACCUGGAUGUGCGGAGGUAAUAUAAACGA